AUGGAUAUGAAUUCUGAGAUAUGGGGUAGGCUACCAGAAGAAUUAGUGAUGAUUGUUUUAGCCAAGCUGCCCACUUUGGUGAAUGGGAAGUUCAGAGCAGUUUGCAAGCAAUGGAAGUUAAUUCUCUCACCAUCACAGUGCUUCCAAAGGAUAACGCAAUUUGUUCAUCCGUCCUCUACCCCUGCUUUUCUGAUUGGCCGCUUACUUCCUUCGCAGUGGAUAAACUUUCACAAUAACAAUCUCUAUCUUCUUCAACCAGUGUCUAAUUCCCAUGUAUAUAAACUCUCUCUAGAAUUUCUGGCACGUGACUCCAUCAAUGUUGUUACUUCCUGCAAGAGUGUGCUCUGCUGCUCCAAGGACGGAGCACCCACUUUAUUCUACCUUUGCAAUCCCGUCACAAAGACAUGGAAAAAGCUUCCCCCUCCUACUCAACUCAGGCGAUAUGAUUUCAUUGGAUUGUCAUUCGACUGUUCCACAAGAACCUGCAUCUUGAUCAUUGGAAGAACUAUAAUCGUUGGAGAGGACAACAAUAUGGUAAUGGAGAUUUAUAAUUCACAGACCAAUGCCUGGACGAAAUUGCAGAUGAAUACAAUCAGAUCGUUUUACCCACUUGGGGAAGGGGUGUACUCCAGAGGAAAUUUUUAUUGGAAUAACUCAAUUCAACUUGGGCCGACAAGGUCAAGGUUGGACGUUGUAUCAUUCGACGUAAGGAAAAAGUAUUGGGAUGUUAUUACACGUCCACAGAUAUCAGAUGAAUAUCUUUCUCAAUAUUUUAAUCAGUGGCAGUUGAGUGGGUAUGAUGGAAAGGUGGUUUUGGUGUACAAAAAGGACCUGCGGCUAUGGAGGUUGAAUGAAGAUGUUGGGGAUGAUAGAUGGUCAGAACUGCCAGAACUGCCGAGGAGUCUAUGCAGAGAAGUUUUGUAUACUGGGAUUGAGAAUGACUUUGGCAGCCUGAGAUGUGCACAAGUUGUGGUCAACAGCAGUGGAUGGAUUUGUGUGCACUUGCCCAGAAAUAAAAUAGUUGUGUUUGAUGAAGAAGGAAGAGUGAUGCAGAAAAUUGAAGGAAGACAGAUGACCAUGUUUACAGGAACAUGUCCAACAUCAGUGCGUGCUUUUGAGAUCAACAAUGUUUGGUGGCCAUAA